CUUUUAUUAUGAAAAGAACAAAAAAGUUUGGUGCUUGGUGGCGGCUAAGCAGGCAUUCUAAACUGACACCUAACUCUGAUUUCGGCGCGCGUCCAUUUUCCUCAUCUUCUUCCACUGCAUGCCUUCCAUGACCCACCAAACUCCCUCACCAUGGUCUCCGAUUCCACCCUCCGCCGCGGCCUCAUCGUCGGCAACUACUGCCACGACGUCCUCCUCCGCGACUCCCUCCUCCUCGCCCACACCCUCGGCGGCGCCCCCUCUUUCAUCACCCCCAUCCUCGACUCCCUCUCCCUCCCCUUCCACCUCAUCUCCAAGGUGGGACCCGACUUCCCCUUCUCCCCCACCCACCCCCCUCUCGUCAUCCCAACCUCCCACACCACCCUCUUCCACGCCCACUUCGGAUCCUCCCUCCCGGAUCGGGUCCUCAAUCGGGUCGCAGCAUGCGACCCGAUUGCACCCGCGGAUCUUCCAACCGGGUCGAGAUUCGCGUUCGGGUUGGCUGUUGGUGUCGCCGGGGAGAUUCUCCCGGAGACGCUGGAGAAGAUGGUGGAGAUUUGCGAUGUGGUGUUUGUCGACGUGCAGGGUCUGAUUCGGAGAUUUGACGGUGAAGAUGGGCGCGUGAGGCAUGUGGGGUUGAGGGAGAGUGGAUUCUUUCACCUCUUGCCGCGGAUUGGGUUUCUGAAAGCUUCGGAGGAUGAGGCGGAGUUUGUUGAUGUGGAGGAGGUGAGACGGUGGUGCUGUGUGGUGGUUACGCAUGGGAAAGAUGGGUGUGAGGUGUUUUGGAAAGAUGGGGGGUUGAGGGUUGACCCGUUUGGGGCUGAUCAGGUUGAUCCUACUGGUGCUGGGGACUGCUUUCUUGGUGGUUUUGCUGCUGGGAUUGUGAAGGGUUUGGCGGUGGCUGAUGCUGCUUUGUUGGGGAACUUCUUUGGUUCUUUGGCUGUGGCUCGAGUUGGACCACCUGCUCUUGAUUCAAGCUUGUUUCAGAUGGUUAAGGAUGAGAUUCACAAAAGGAAGGGGCAGGACUUACCCUGCUCAGAAAGAAGAGAUGAGCGGCUGGGAUUUCAGAAGCCACCUGAUCAAGACCAAUUUUAUGCAUCUCUUGAUGCUGCCAAAGACAUAAUUAUGUGUCAGAUUCAAGAAUCUGGGUGGAAUAUAUUGAGCUCUCCAAAAGGGUUGGAGCAAAAUCAUGUGAAGGGACUUUCACUGAACCCUUUCCACGACGAAUCAAUUACAAGUGUUAAUGGUGAACCCUGAUAUCAUGGGAUGGUUGGAGCUCCAAAUCUUGCUCCAGCAUCAUUCCUUUUUGCCUCAAAUAAUAUAGAGAUCUCCAACACCAAGUCUCACGUGUAGCCUAAUAUAGUUUUAGUUGUAAUAAGAUGCUCUUUUCCAAAUCAAGAGAUUGAAAUUCCAUUCA